AGUUAACAUCAACGAACCAGAAAAGAAAAAAAUAGAAAAAAAAACACUUUUCCCUUCAUUUACAAUUCACAAACCCCCCAUACCAUACCAUACCAAACCAAUCCUUCCUCCAUUUCUGAUCUUCUCCACCAACAACAACAAAUCCAUUAAACAAGAAAAAACCCGCUUCUCCAUUUCCUUUUUCCAUUCAGGAUUCAAUAGCAAAUCAUGACAUCAAUGAUCUGAACAGAAACAAACCAAAAAGACCAAAACUUUAUGCCAAUUAUGUUCGGUGGCAUACAGAUAGGAGUCUUGGCAGCUUGUGUGGUGUUAUUUGUACCAAUGGGAAUGGCAGGUUACCAUUUAAGCAGAAACAAGAUGCUUUUUUUUAGCGGGGCCCUUUUUAUUACACUAGCGGUAGGUGUUCAUUUGACUCCUUAUUUCCCUUCUGUUUCUGAUUUUGUUACUUCAGUUCAAUCUGUUGUUGUUUUUGAUAAUCGUGAGGACUCUUGUAUUAAUUUGGUUAAUGAAGUUAUUUGGAAUGUGAAACCUCGUGUUAUCAGUAGUAAUGGUAGUGAUAGAAGUAAUGAUUCUGUUGGUCAUGACAAGAUAUGGGAUUGGUCUAAAAAUGGGAUGGUGAAAGGUUGUGAUUUUGAGAAGUUGGGGAGGGGAGAUGUUAAAGAUUUGCUUAAUGGGUCUUGGGUUGUUGUGGCUGGGGAUUCACAAGCUCGGUUGCUUGUGCAGUCUUUGUUAAGUUUGAUUUUGGAUGAGAAAAGGAUGGGAAUGAUCAUGGGGGAUUUGUUUAAGAGGCAUAGUGAUUAUGAGAUUGUUGUGGAUGAUAUUGGUAUGAAAUUGGAUUUUGUUUGGGCUCCAUAUGUGGUUAAUUUGACGAAUUUGAUGGUGGGGUUUAAGCAAAAUAGAACUUACCCUGAUGUCUUGGUGAUCGGAGCAGGGUUGUGGCAUAUGCUUCAUGUGAACAAUGCAUCGGAUUAUGAUAUUGCGUUGGAGAAUUUGAGGAGUUCGGUGGUUUCCUUGUUACCCUUUUCGCCAGAAUUAGGUACUGAUGGGCCUGUGACAGGUUCUGUAUCUGUCAGGUCUCCACAUUUGUUCUGGCUUGGGAUGCCGAUGUUGAUAAAUGAGAUGUUGAAUACAGAAGAGAAGAGGGAGAAGAUGAAUGAUAAAAUAUGGCAUGCUUAUUAUGGAGCACUGCAUGAUAGCAGGAUCUUGCGCAGUUACGGUGGUCCUCUUCUGUUGUUGGAUAUUCAAUCAUUGAGUUGGAAUUGUGGACCGAGGUGUACGAAUGAUGGGAUGCAUUAUGAUGGAACUGUUUAUGAAGCUGCUGUUCAUAUUCUACUAAAUGCAUUGCUGAUUGAAUCUCAUCAGAAGCUUGGAUCCACAUAGUUUUGAAUUUCUACAAAGCUGAGCAGCUCACACUGGAAGGACACAAAAAGACUAUACAGAACCAAUCUAGAUCACUAGAACAACAAACACAGGAGGCUGAAUUUCCUACCUGUAUUGCUUCUUUGAUUAGGUACAGGUUUUUCUCCUUCGCCUUUAGAUUGACGCAAGAGUAAAAUUUUGUACUGUUACUUGCAUAUUGAAAUCCAUUUUUUCUUAUUUCUCUUUCUCACGUGAAUGAAUAUUGGACAAUCACAAAACUUGUAUUCAAUGGCCAUUACGGGCAUGAAAGAUUUGUAUGGAAAAGUUAAUAGAUGGUUUUUUGGCAGCUUGUAGCAGCAAAUAAAGUUCUGUUUACUGGCUA